AUGAAGCUUAUUGGGUGGAAUUGUCAAGGGCUGGGGAGACCCUCGACAAUUCGCUCUCUUUAUAAUCUCCUCAAAGCAGAGAACCCUGAUAUUCUUUUUAUCAUGGAGACAAAAAGCAAGAAGGCAGCUAUUGAAAAAAUUGCUAGAAAAAGGAAUUUUCAGAAUUUUUCUACAGUGGACCCUAUUGGGACUUCGGGUGGACUGGCUCUCUUGUGGAAGGAUACGGUUACCUUGUCAGUGCUUACUGCAGAAACAAAUUUUAUUGAUGCAGAGGUGACUUCUGUGGACUCUCCGGCUUUCUAUCUUACCUGUGUUUAUGGGGAUCCAGUUCGACAUAGAAGGAGAGUUGUGUGGGAUAGGAUUUCUGCUCUAAAUCAUCAAGGGAGUAGGUGGCUUUGCUAUGGAGACUUCAACUCUUAUCUUUCUUGGCAUGAAAAGGAGGGAGGAGCUAGAAGUACUUCCCACGAUGGAGAGAUUUUCAGGGAUUUUCUUUCAAGUUGUGAUUUUUUAGACUUGGGCUUCAAUGGCUCGGUUUUUACUUGGAAUAACAGGAGAAAGGGUGCUGCAAACAUAAGGAUUAGGCUUGACCGUGCUCUCUGUAAUGCGGCUUGGAGGCAAGUGUUUGAUAAUGCCUCGAUUUUUGUGAAGCCGGCAGUGUGCUCUGAUCACUGCCCCAUUUUGGUGGACACUGAAGGAGGUAUAGUUCGUGGGAAGAGACCUUUUAGGUUUGAAUCGAUGUGGACUCUUCACGAGGACUGUAAGAAUGCUGCCUCUAGAGCUUGGUCGAUUCCAGUCUCAGGUCCUGCUUCGAAACAGACUCUGUUGAAGAUAGCUCAUUGCAAAGAAGUUUAUAAGAAGUGGAAUGCUGAAGUUUUCGGGAAUAUUUAUGAAAGUAUUAAAUCCAUAAAAGAUGAACUUUCUCACAUUCAAGGCCUGCCGAGUUCUCUUUAUUCCCAAGAGAGAGAAUCUGAGUUACAAAAACUUCUUGAUGUUCAGUUACAGAGGGAAGAGGAAAUGUGGCGUCAAAAAUCCAGGUUGGAUUGGAUUAAAGGAGGGGACAAGAAUACUUCUUUUUUUCAUGUUACUACCCUCAGGAGAAGACACCGUAAUAUGAUUUUGAAGUUGAAAGCACCCUCGGGUGAGUGGUCUUUCUCCCCUACUGAAGUUUCUAACAUCCUUUGUAACCAUUUCCAAGAUUUGUACUCUUCUGAGCCUAUAAAUAAUAAUGCCUUGACUUCGGUUUUGGAUGCGGUGCAACCAGUGGUGACAGAUGAGUUAAACCUUACUUUAUGUUCUGCUCCUAGAGAAGAGGAAAUCCGUGCUGCUUUGUUUAGGAUGGCCCCCUUAAAAUCUCAGGGUCCGGAUGGCUUACCCCCCAUUUUCUUUCAAAAAUAUUGGGAGAUGGUGAAGGUUGACUUGGUUGCUCUAGUGGAGGAGUUUUUUAGUAUGGGUCAGAUCCCUAAGGAUCUCAAUAAGACCUUUAUCUGUCUUAUCCCUAAGGUUAAUGCUCCUGAUUGUGCUGAACAAUUCCGGCCUAUAAGCUUGUGCAAUAUUGCUUUUAAAAUCAUCACUAAGCUCAUUGCAGAUCGUUUGAGUGGGGCCUUAGAUCAGAUUAUUUCACCUUCGCAAUCAGCCUUUAUUCCUAAUAGGCUUAUUUCUGAUAAUGUCUUGGUGGCGCAUGAGUUGUUCCAUUAUAUUAAGAAGCAGAAAAAGGGUAAGGAGAAAUUUCUAGCUCUCAAGGGAAUCCGUCAGGGGGAUCCUAUCUCGCCUGCUAUCUUUAUCCUGUGCUCUCAGGCUUUAUCUGCUGUCAUUAAGAAAGCGGAGGUGGAAGGUAAUAUCAAAGGGGUGAGAGUUCGACAUAGAAGUGAACCCAUUACUCAUCUUCUGUUCGCUGAUGAUUGUCUGCUGUUUUCAAGAAUUAAUUUGCAGGAAGUUAACUCGUUGAAGGAUUGUUUGGAUUUAUAUUGUAAUGCUACGGGGCAAGCUAUAAAUCUUAAAAAAUCCAGUCUCACCUUUAGCCCGAACACCCAUGAUAGAAUCAAAAGAUGGUUCUCCAGAAUUCUCAAAGUGAAGAAUGGAGAUGGGCCGGCAAAGUAUUUGGGGUUACCUACUCAUUUUGGUGUAGCUAAGAAAGAUGUUUUUAAUGACAUUAAGGAGAGAACUCUUAGUAAGCUCCAAGGGUGGAAAGGUAAGUUGUUAUCUCAUGCAGGGAAGGAGGUGUUGAUCAAAUCUGCUGUUGCUCCUAUGGGUGAUUCGGAAGAGAAUAAGAGAGUUCAUUGGAUGUCUUGGCAGCGUUUGUGCAAACCUAAAUCUAGAGGGGGUUUGGGUUUCAAAGACUCAAAAUUUCAAAAUCGUGCUCUCCUAGCGAAGGUUGCUUGGCGUUUAUGGUCUUCUCCGAACUCUCAUUGGGCUAAGUUCCUAAAAUCCAUUUACUUUCCACAGUGUGAUUUUUUGGAUGCAAGGGUGGGAAAUCUUCCCUCUUGGGGUUGGAGGAGUUUACUUGUUGGUCGUGAAGUCCUUUUGGAAGGGUUGAUUUGGAGAGUUGGGAAUGGUGAGAAGAUUCGGAUUUGGGAGGAUAGGUGGGUUCCAAGUUUACCAAAUGGAAGGCUUCAAUCUCUGGAGCCGGAGGGGUGCAGCCUCAUAGUGGUGGCAGAUCUAAUUGAUCAGGAUAAUAGAAGUUGGAAUGUCAAUCUACUGCAUUCUCUUUUCAGUGCUUCUGAUGUGGCUGCUAUUCUUAAAAUUCCUCUAAGUCUUAAUCCUGCAGAAGAUAAGCGAUAUUGGAGUGCUUCUAGAGAUGGCCGUUUCUCGGUCAAGUCAACUUAUAAGCUUCUUAUUAAGAAGGAGGAGGAAGAGGCCUCGGCUAGAGCAUCUAGUUCCAGAUAUCGGCUUUGGGAGCACACUCCUGAGGAGAGGGUUUGUAAUGAAGCUAUUGCUUCGGGUGAUGGCCUUAAAGCCCGGCAGAUAAAUAUUGAUUCGAGCUGUUCUAGGUGUGGAGCUCAUUCUGAAUUGGGUGACCAUAUUUUGUUUGAUUACCCCUUUGCUCGUAGUGUUUGGUUUGGGAGCCCGCUACAAUUUCACCCUCCUGUUGAUGGUCCAUGCUUGAAGGAUUGGAUUCAAAGCUGGAAUAUCUGGUUCAAGCAAGAUAAAAAGAUUGCUACAGAGUCUCUAUCAAGAGCGUCUUUUAUCUGUUGGUAUCUUUGGUGCGUCCGUAAUGAUCAGGUGUUCAAUGGAAAGGUUUGGACUCCUUUGGAUGUUCUUCAUACUGCUGAAAUGGCUUACCAGGAGUUUUUCAAUGCUGCCUUAAAGUCGAAUGCUCUUUCAGAAACGGGAGUUAUUGGCUCUAUGCCUGGUUCGAGAUUCAAUGGUUCUCAAUGGUCCCCCCCUCCAGUGGGUGUUGUGAAGGUGGACUGUGAUGCGGCUUUCAUUAAGGAUACUGCUAAGGGAGGUUUAGGAGUGAUCUUUAGAGACCACACAGGUGCUGUCUUAAGGGCGCGCUCCAUCCCCAUUAUGCUUAGUUCGGUGAUUCAUGGAGAGAUCAUGGCUAUUCGUAGUGCCCUGUUGCUGGCUCUAGAUCUGGGCUACAAAAACUUGGUGGUAGUUUCGGAUAGUAGGGAUGCCAUCCUAUUUAUCGAAGGCAGUAAAUCUCCUAGUUGGGAGAUGGAGGGUUUAGUAGAUGAUGUUGUUAACUUGAAAUCCUCUUUCUCAUCUAUUUCUUUCUCUUUUGUUCCUAGGGCUAUGAAUAUUGUUUCGGAUGCCCUAGCCAGGAAGGCCCUGUCACUUGGGUGCGUGACAGAUUGGCCAAAUUCUAUUCGGUGGCUUCAGGACCUCUAUGGGAAUGAAGUCACUGGUUGUACUCCCCUUUUUCAUCAAUAA